AUGUCCAAAAAGACUCGCCACGACGUCGCAUCGCUCAAGGCAGAUGGUUUGAUCUCAUACCCUAUCCACGCUGACAUGCCUCGUCUCCAUAUAUCUUCCUUGGAAAGGAUCCAGCACAAUAAGCGGCACGGUAUCGCAAUUGAAGCUGACGCUUUUCCUUUCUUACCCAGCGGCCGUGAUGAAUCCCCACGAAGUCUGAAGGAAGGAGUUCCCCAGUGGGCCCCCACAAGGCACCAGAUCGUGAUUAUGAUGACCCUCUCUCUCAUCUCCUUCAUGGCUGCUCUCGACUCUUGUGUCAUUGUGACAUCUUUGAAUGCGAUUAUCGUUGAUCUUGAUCUAAGCACAACCGAAGGAAUCUGGAUCGGUACGGCAUAUCUCCUAGCCAAUGCCGUCACGAUGCCCCUGCUUGCGGAGGCAAGCAACAUCUUCGGACGCCCUACUAUCCUGACUUCCUGCCUGAUGUGUUUCACUCUUGGGUCACUCCUGUGCUCUGUCGCAUACAACAUCGCACUCCUUCUUGUCGGCAGGACUUUCCAAGGCGUCGGAGGGGCCGGGAUUAUGGUAUUGAGCCUGGUGAUAUUUACAGACAUUGUGCCUCUCCGCUUCCGGCCUCGGUGGUAUGGCCUGGUCGACGCUGUGGCAGAGGAUGGGUAA